AUGCCAGCCGUCGCAAAGUGGCGAUUCCUACCUACCCUCAUCUUCUCUGUCCUGCCCUCGGCAGCACUCAGAAUCUCCGGCGCUAUACUCCGUGCAUGGUUCAAAAGACUGCCCCUGGGCCCGGCCAUAUGGAAUGGAUUUGCCGGGGCGCUGAUGGCCAAAACACCCCCAGUUCAACUGCAGGCAAUCCUGCCAUCUACUAUCGACGUAUAUGACGCAUGGGUUGAGUCUCAUGGUGCAAACCGUGCGGUGGAUAUCUUACCAGCUGACAAUACCACUCGUCUGCUCUGGCUAGGCCCAAGGAAAUCAGAAAAGGUGGUUCUUUUCUUCCACGGGGGCGGAUAUGUGAUGCCGCUGUCUAAAGGUCACCUGGACUGGAUGGCGUAUAUCAAGAUGGAGGCAGAAAAAGCCGGCAUUCAGCUGAGCGUGUGCAUCCUGGAAUACGACCUGGUUCCAUCAAACCCGUAUCCCAGGCAAAUGAUCCAGGGGAUUUUCGCACUGAACCAUCUAUUGCAUAACGGAUAUAGGCCAUCUGAUAUUGUCUUUGGAGGCGACUCUGCAGGCGGCCACCUAUCGCUUGGCCUGAUGGCUCACCUCCACCGCCGGUAUCCCUCUGCAGUAGAGGGUGAUCUUGACCUAACGGGCCCAGUGAAGGGGUGUUUCCUCGUGUCACCACUGUCAUCAUUCAGCUUUAAUACCUCCUCCUAUACGAGAUGGUUUAGUGCCGAUGUUCUUAGUAGGGAGACCGUUGAAAAAUAUGGAUUCUAUCUUGUUGAGCAUUCUCCCUGGAACGACGAGAUCUGUGCUGGGAAUGGUUGGGGAAUGGCCCUCGACGUGCCGGAAAGUUGGUGGGACAGUCUAGAGUCUGUAGAUCGUAUCCUGGUGACUGGUGGCUACGAGGAGGUCUUUAGCGACCAUGUCCAGCUGCUGGGCAGGAUGCUGAAGAGAAGGAGUAAGGGUGAGGUUGCUCUGUACAUGGCAGACGAAGCACACGAUGGGCCAUUGAUGGAUUUCUCAGCUGGAAGGCCUCCCAGUGGAACGACGAAGGCCAUUACAGAUUUUGUUGUAGCUUGUUUAAAGAACUGA